UUUCAGUCUCUGUGUCGCACUGUGCAUGGGAUGUUAUUUCGUAUUGUGGUGUGCCAUUCCGUGUCUGUUUUCGUGGUGAUAGACGAAUCGAGCCAAAAUUUGAUAGUAGGAAGCAGCAGCAGGUAGGGCAGGCAGAGUGCGGAAUCGGUGGAACAUCUCGUGUACGGGGGUACGGCAAAGCACGUCACACAUUCUCAACCUUCGCCGCGGCAGUUCGCUUCCUGCAAACGUUCCAGACGGCAGCAAAAAUACGCUCAGCGAGAACUUCCACCAGUGUCCCGCGUUAUCGUCGUCAGCAGGGAAUUGAAUUUAAUUUCAAUUAAGGGAAUAUUGGACUGCAGUAGAAACGGAGUCUGUGAUACAGUGCGAAGGACAGUCAAUAAUAAAAUCGGAGUGAAAAAUGAUGAGUUCUUUGGCUCUGCGUUUUGCGCCGCGGUUCGGAAAAUCCGCGGCGUUGGCCAGUUCUACCCAGCAGAAGAUUAACACCUACUACACCUACUCGAACCAGAUCUCCCAGCCGCUGGAACGGAAACCCACGUACACCACGGCCGAGGAAGCGGUCAAAGUGAUAAAAUCAGGCGAUGUGGUCUUCGUGCAAGGAGCUGCCGCUACCCCGAUCCACCUGUUGGAUGCCAUGACCAAGCAUGGCAAGGAGAACAACCUCCGCGAUAUCACGGUGGUCCACAUGCACACCGAAGGCCCGGCUUCGUACUGCGCCCCCGAGCUGAAGGACAUCUUCCGGUCCAAGUCGACCUUCAUGGGUGGUAACGUACGGGCUGCCGUCGCCGAUGGCCGAGGCGAUGCCAUCCCGAUUUUCCUGCACGAAAUCCCAAUCCUCUUCCGGCGAAAGCUGAUUCAACCGGACGUGGCUAUCAUUUCGGCUUCCCCACCGGACAAUCACGGAUACGCAACGUUGGGAACGAGCGUUGAUUGCGUCCGCGCUGCUUUGGAAAACUCCAAGGUCAUCAUUGCCCAGGUCAACAAGCAGAUGCCGCGUACUUUCGGAGACUCAAUCAUUCACGAAUCACACUUCGAUGCUGCCGUCAACGUUGACAUUCCUCUGCCUGAGCACGGUGGUAAGGGAAUGAGCGAAACGGAAACCAAAAUCGGUAAACUGAUUGCCGAGAAUCUGGUCGAAGAUGGUGCCACGCUGCAAAUGGGCAUCGGUAACAUUCCGGACGCUGUGCUGAAUGCACUGCACAACCACAAAGAUCUCGGCAUCCACUCCGAGAUGUUCGCCGGAGGUGUUGUGGAUCUAGUUAAUAAGGGCUGUGUCACUAACGAUAAGAAAGUCAUCCAUCGAGGCCGUAUCGUAGGAUCUUUCCUGAUCGGAACGAAGAAGCUUUACGACUUUGUUGAUAACAAUCCUUUCAUUGAAAUGCUCGAAAUCAACUACGUCAACAAUGUCGGCGUUGUCGCAAAGAACCCCAAGAUGACCGCCAUCAACUCUGCCAUCGAAGUGGAUCUGACCGGUCAGGUGUGUGCCGACUCCAUCGGAACUCGCAUGUAUUCCGGUUUUGGCGGUCAAGUCGACUUCAUUCGUGGUGCUGCGGAAGGCUUCGACGGCAAGGGCAAACCUAUCAUUGCACUGCCUUCAGUAACCAACAAGGGACAAAGCAAGAUCGUGCCAACGCUAAAACUUGGCGCCGGAGUCGUUACAUCCAGAGCCCAUGUGCAUUACGUAGUCACCGAAUACGGCAUCGCUUAUCUCUUCGGAAAAACGUUACGCCAGCGUGCGUACGAGCUGAUCCAGAUCGCUCACCCGGAUCACCGCGAAGCGCUCGAGAAGGCUGCAUUUGAACGGCUGAAGACAAUGCCAUCUCCCAACUAAGUAUGUUAAGCACAAACGUGGAUGAUAUUCGUUCAAAACGAGCCUUUACCCUGUUUUUAAGAUAGAUAUUCAUACCGAAGACUCGGAUCAACCUUUGUUUUAUCAGGGAUUUAAAGUACAUCAUUGUAGACUUGUUGUCGGCGGUGCGUGUUUCCAGUUUCGGAACUUAGAAGUUCUUGUUUAUGUGUUUGUUUUACGGAAAGAACCAUUUUAAUUGCAUUAUAAGUCAAACCUAAGUAAAGCCGUAGUUGAUCAGUAAAUGCUUAAAGUUUGUAGGAGUUCUCAAUACUAGAAGCGACAAAAAUACAAAUAAACCAUCUAUCUCCGAAACGUGCAUUGCAUAAUAUUAAGUACUACAUUGUAAUCACACAUCGCGCAGAGUAAAAUUCGAUCACCUUGGAGCAGCACUUGCGUACUGCCAUCAGUAGAAUAUCAUGUGAAAAAUUAAGCUACGUAAUAAAAAGCUACUAUGAGUACAACGUGAUUAUGCUAAACAA